AUGUCACGUACACCUAUUUACACCGAGGUGGAGAAAUUAAUUAUCCUCCAGAAAUGUGUAAAGCUGGAAAAGGUCAAAUCUGAUAGUGCAAAAGAAAGCUCAACCACUCAAACCCCUACGAGGACAUCAAAAAAGAGUACAAAGAGAAGUCGCCAAGUUAGCACUUCAGCAGCAUCAUACUCCCGCAGUAAAUGUAGCUCCUACCAAGAGGAGGGGGAUGAUUCUGCGAGAAGUCGUCAAUACCAAACUAUCAAAGAAAUACUCUGUCUGUCCCAUUUGACACUUUCGUUCAAAGCCCAUCUAUUUGUUAACUUUUUUUCUGAAACACCCAACCAAGUUGACAAAUGA